AUGCGUUCAAGUGGCCGUCAUUACUUUGAAAAAGCAGUAAUGUCCUAUGACGAGAAACCAAGAAGACUUUGGCUAUUUGAUUAUCCGGCUCAAGCGGCUUUAUGCGGCGUUCAAAUAUGGUGGACUAGUGAAACAAACGAAGCGUUUACGCAUUUGGAAGUAGGUCAUGAAAACGCACUGAAAGACUACAAUAGAAAACAAGUAAAAAAUUAAUUAAAUAUUAAAAAUGUGUAAGUAAACAAAACAAAUUUAAAUUGUCAAUUUAUUUUUAGAUAGCGCAAUUGAAUGAACUUAUUGAUUUAUUGUUGGAAGACUUGACUGUGGGAGACCGUCAAAAAGUGAACACUAUUUGUACGAUUGACGUGCAUUGCCGGGACGUGGUGGCGAAAAUGAUAACACAAAAAAUUGAAACCGCUUCUUCAUUUCAGUGGCAGUCACAACUAAGACACAGGUAUUAUUCAAAUACGUAGAUAUUUAAAUUUGAAAGCAAUAACUAAAAACGUUUGUCAAAAGGUGGGAUUUAAAAGAGGCUGACUGUUUUGCAAACAUUUGCGAUGCGCAGUUUGGAUACUCAUAUGAAUACUUAGGAAACACACCAAGAUUGGUGGUGACUCCGUUAACCGACAGAUGUUAUAUAACGCUGACUCAAGUAUGCCGACAUUUAGUUUGUUUUGUUAUUAACAAUUGUAUAUUAUGUAUCUAGAUACAAACGCACGCAUUGUUAUGAUACAGUAUUGAUUUUACUAUUAUAUUGCAUUGGUUUUACAAUGACGUUUAAUUUUUUUUUUCUUUUCAUCUGUGAGUAACUUUUCUAAUAGUAAUUUUGUAAUUUUCAAUUAUUGCACUUUUUCCGAAAGUAAAUCUGACUCGAGUAGUACUUUAGGGAGGUCAUUUUUGGUUUUCUCAGCUAUUUUCAUAGUAAAUGAGAAAAACCGGGAAAAACGGGAAAAACGUAGGAACAACAAGAAAAUAGGUACAAUAUUACACAAAUAUUAUUAAAGAAAUGCAUAUUAACUUUAACAUAAUAUGACACAUAUAUUGUUGACAAACCAUCACUGUCAACUAUUAGCAAUGGCUUAUCGUGUAAUUUACAUUAAAUUCCCAUCUGUAUCCUACUUACCCAACUUCUCGCCUAGAAAAGUUGCUGCGCCCGCGUGUAAAUUAUGCAAUUUUUAAGUAACGAAAAUACAAAAAAAAAUCUAAAAAGAAAUAUGGAAAUGUAUUUAUAUUUUUUUUUUUGUGAUUCAAUAAGAAAUAAUCGUAGAAAAUUAAAAUAUUCACCAAAUUUAUAAUAAUAUAAUUUCCAAAACAUUUUGCUCAUCUGACUUUUUAAAUGCCUAUAGAUACACGAAACUUGUUAUUCUCUUUUAAUUAAUGAGCACAACUAUUUUUGUUUCGGUAAAAAAACUCAGCAACUUUAUAAAGUUCAUCAGAAGUUCUUCUUAUUGAUAAAUGAUAAUAAAUCGGUUCUGCGUUAUAUAUCACUUUUUAUUAAUACAAAUUUAAGUUUAAAUUUAGACAAAAAAAGAUGAACAUACUUUGCACAUAGGUGGGCCACUAUUGUAGGUGAGAAGUUGGGAAGGUAGUAGAGGAUAAAUUUAAUAUUACCUGUAAGCAACGGUAAACCAUUGCCAACGAAAAAACGAUUCUAAGCGGAGUUUAGUCAACAACCACAUAAUAGCAAAAUAAUUGCAUAGGCAUUAUAUAUUUUCUUUAAUAAUAUUUGUUUAAUAUCGUCCCGUUUAAUAUUUUCCCGUUUUUCUUACGUCUUCCCGUUUUUCCAGUUUUAUCCCAUUAAUUAGAAAAAUUCCUAAAUAAAUCAAAAAAUUACCUCCUUGAAGUACCUCCCCAAUCUGAUUUGCAGAAUUUCUGGUAGAGAAGUUGUUCACAGGAAAAUAAAAUAAACAUCAUUGUAAAACCAUAAACUUCUUGGCUCCACACAAAACUUAAAAUGUUUAACAGAGUUCUAUUUUAAGUAUGAAUGAUAACAACAGUGUCUUAGAAUUAAUGAUACGAAGUGUGUCCAUUUCUAUUUUUGCUCAUACUUUUAUUAAAUUUAUUCUUUUAAAUGUUAUAGUCACUACAUUUGGUAAUGGGUGGCGCUCCUGCUGGACCGGCCGGUACCGGAAAAACUGAGACGACCAAAGAUUUGGGGAAAGCUAUUGGAAUGAUGGUCUACGUCUUCAAUUGUUCCGAACAAAUGGAUUUUAGAGUAAGUACUAAGUUAAGAAUAUUAUUGUUAAACAGUGUUAACAUUAUUAUUAAAAAGAGGGCUAAGCGCGUCAAGUUUUGGUGUUCUUCUUUUAUCAUUUUCUUUUCGUACGUUUGUGAUAAAUAUUUUGUAGUCAAAUUAUUUGGUGAUAAUUCUAGUGUACUUUUGUCUCCUGGUGUUCCACAAUAUGCAUAUUCAAUAAAAAAUAAGUAAUUAGCGUGUUGAUUGUGAUUUCUUAUCGCGUGACGUGUUAUUCGGUGAAUAUUAAUUGUAACAAUUUUAUAUUAAUUAAAGCCAUUAUAACUAAGAAACUAUUAAUGUGCUAUGCAUUUUUGUCAAAUCUGAAAUUAUAAUUUUCGGAAUAUUAAAUCUGCACUCCGUAUUUUUUAAUAAUCUCACUAGUAUAUACAUAAACACACACCUAAUAAUUGUUGUAUUGUCCUUAGUAAUAUAUUAUUCUUGUUAAAUUACUGUAUAAAAAAGCCACAAGGUGUAAACUUUAUUAAAUAAAUAAAUGGUUAAAUAUUAUAAUCAAUAACAUGUUAUUAUAAAAAUAAAAUAAAUAUCUGGUUUCCAGUCAUGUGGUAACAUAUACAAAGGCCUCGCCCAAACCGGUGCGUGGGGAUGUUUUGACGAGUUCAAUAGGAUAACUGUUGAAGUAUUGUCCGUAGUGGCAACCCAAGUAAAAAGCGUGUUAGAUUCCAUAAAAGCAAAGAAAAAAACAUGUAUGCUACUUNCAGUGGGAAUGUUCAUUACAAUGAACCCGGGGUACGCGGGACGAGCAGAACUUCCUGAAAAUCUUAAGGCAUUGUUCAGGUAUGUUGCAUGUUUACUCGUAUUAUGUAUUUAAUAAUUUUCUAAAACAAAGAAAGAUUUUAAAAUUUGAAUUCCCUCCAGACCUUGUGCCAUGGUGGUACCAGAUUUUGAAUUGAUCUGUGAAAUCAAUUUAAUAGCAGAAGGUUUUCAGAGUGCGAGAAUACUUGCGAGAAAAUUCAUAACCUUGUAUAGCCUUUGCAAAGAAUUAUUAUCAAAGCAAGAUCAUUACGAUUGGGGUCUAAGAGCUAUAAAAUCUUUAUUGGUUGUCGCCGGAUCAUUAAAGGUAAACAUGUUCAUUAUAAAUUAUAAUAAAAGUAAAUUUCGUGAAACCAACAAUAUAAACAUACUUUUAAAUUUUAAAGAAAAAAUUACAUUAAAAUAAAACUUUUCCAAGUAUUUGAAACAUUUAUGUAAAAUUAUAAUAAUUAAAUUAUAUUAUAACUACAUAUAACAUACAAACCAAUGUAUUUUGAAACAGUCGUAACGUAACAAAUUUAAUUUCAAUUUUAGCGAUCAGAUAGAAAUCGCCCGGAAGAUCAAGUUUUAAUGCGAGCUCUCAGAGAUUUUAAUACCCCAAAAAUCGUAACUGAAGAUACCAGUAUAUUUAUGGGACUAAUUGGUGAUCUGUUUCCUGCACUUGACGUGCCCCGAAAACGUAAUUUAGAUUUCGAAAAAACGGUCCGCCAAGCUGCGCUUGACCUGAAACUCCAACCUGAAGACAAUUUUAUACUCAAGGUCUCCAUUUUCAUUGUUAUUGUCAUAAAAUGCGCCAUUUAAAUAUACAACCCAAUUGUUUUGUUGGCACAGGUAGUACAACUAGUAGAGUUGUUAGAAGUUCGACAUUCAGUUUUCAUAAUCGGUUUGGCUGGUACGGGCAAAUCUGAAGUCUGGAAAACACUGUACAAGACCUAUUCAAAUAUGAAAUUGAAGCCUUAUUUCAAUGAUAUUGAACCGAAAGCAGUUACCAACGACGAGUUGUUUGGUGUUAUCAGUGCCACAACUAGGGAAUGGGUUGAUGGUAAAUCUCU